AUGGGCCUUUUCGGCCACAUGCGCAUCCACAAGGGCGGCCUUGACCGCACUCUCGACACACCCACCACAUCCAACACAUCCACCGUGCACACCCCCACCCUCGUUCCAUCCGUCCGCGCCACCACCACCACCACCACCGCCUCCUCUGUAGCUGACACUGACACCGCCGACUUCUCAUGCCCACACUGUCCACGCACAUUCACCUCACGCAUCGGCCUGGUCGGUCACUUGCGAAUCCAUCGCACAGAGACUGGCGAACCAGUGCCUGGAGCGCCCACCUAUACCCACCAAGCUCGUCUCAACUGCCCACACUGUCCUCGCACUUUCAGGCAUCGCAUGGGCCUAUUCGGCCACAUGCGCAUCCACGACGACCUGCGGUAG